CCAACCCCCGCCCGGAGUCCGGGUCGCCGAGCGCGGGCCGAGGCGGGGCCGCAAGGUUGGCCCCCAAAGGGAUGCUCUCGCCCGAGCGGCGAGACCAGCCCCGCUCGCCCCUCGCCGCCGCCGCGCCGCACCCGCCGACGGCCGCCGACAUGGCUCUCUACUGCGGCGACAACUUCGGCGUGUACUCGCAGCCCGGCCUGCCCCCCGCCGCCGCCGCCGCCGCCGCCCCGGGCGCCCCCCCGGCCGCCAGGGCGCCCUACGGGCUGGCCGACUACGCCGCGCCGCCGGCCGCCGCCGCCAACCCCUACCUGUGGCUCAACGGGCCGGGCGUGGGCGGGCCGCCCGCCGCCGCCGCCGCCGCCGCCGCCGCCGCGUACCUGGGCGCCCCGCCGCCGCCGCCGCCCCCCGGGGGCGCGGCCGGGCCCUUCCUGCAGCCGCCCACCGCCGCCAGCACCUUCGGCUGCGCGCAGCGGCCCUUCGCGCAACCCGCGCCCGCCGCGCCCGCCUCGCCCGCGGGGCCCGCCGCGCCCGGCGAGCUGGGCUGGCUGUCCAUGGCCAGCCGCGAGGACCUGAUGAAGAUGGUGCGGCCGCCCUACUCGUACUCGGCGCUCAUCGCCAUGGCCAUUCAGAGCGCGCCCGAGCGCAAGCUCACGCUCAGCCACAUCUACCAGUUCGUGGCCGACAGCUUCCCCUUCUACCAGCGCAGCAAGGCCGGCUGGCAGAACUCCAUCCGCCACAACCUGUCGCUCAACGACUGCUUCAAGAAGGUGCCUCGCGACGAGGACGACCCAGGGAAAGGUAAUUACUGGACCUUGGAUCCAAACUGUGAGAAAAUGUUUGACAACGGGAACUUCCGCCGGAAGCGAAAGCGCCGCUCUGAGGCCAGCAGCACCUCCACAGUGGCCGCAGGGACAUCAAAAUCAGAAGAAGGGCUUUCCUCAGGAUUGGGGUCUGGAGUGGGUGGGAAGCCAGAAGGAGACAGCCCCUCCGCUUUGCUAAGGCCUCCCCAGUCCCCAGAGCCUCCAGAGGGCACCAAGAGUACUGCUUCCUCCCCAGGAGGGUCCAUGCUCACCUCCACCCCGUGCCUCAACACCUUCUUCAGCAGCCUCAGCACCUUAAGUGUCAGCAGCAGUGGGAGCACCCAGCGAGCUCUCCCUGGCAGCCGCCACCUAGGGAUCCAGGGGACCCAGCUGCCAUCCAGCAGCACAUUCCCCCCGAGCUCCAUCUCGGAGGCCUCGCCAGACACCUUGCAGCUGAGUAACACCAGCACCAGCAAUGGCGGCGGCAGCCAGAGGUCUUCCUAUUACAGCCCCUUCCCUGCCAGCACCAGCGGGGGUCAAAGCAGCCCCUUCAGCAGCCCCUUCUACAACUUCAGCAUGGUCAACAGCCUCAUCUACCCCCGGGAGGGCUCUGAGGUAUAGAGGCUGCUUCUCAGACUUGAAUAUGCACACCUGAGAUCUUGUUAAAAUACAGAUUCCAAGGCAGUAGGUCUGGGGCAGGAACUGAGAUUCUGCAUUUCUCUGGAGCUCCCGAGUGAUCCUGUGGUCCAUUGACCACACUUGGAGUAGCAUGGGUAUAGUAGAUAAUACUUUCUACAACCCAGCAAGCUUUUACAGGUUUCUCUGGAUAAGGGCCUCCCUGGAGAGAAAUGCACCUCACUCUGUUCUGGGGUAGUACCUGUGAGCCCUGUGAGGGCAGGGACCAUGUUUUGUUCAUCACUGUAUAUCAGGGUUACAAGCUCAAAUGUUUAUCGGGGCUGGCUAGAAAAUAAGCAAAUGAAGUUAUUGGGUAGGAAAAAGGUAGCAGUCGGCAACUGAAGCAGAAGGGUGUGGUUGGGACUGAGCAGCUGAAAGCUGCGGUGGGCAGCCAGUUGUUUCCUGCCUGGCAGCAUUCAGAUUUUUCUAGAAAGGUCAGAUAUCUGGAUUUUACUGGAGACUUCCAUUUGUAUUUCUUGCCACAAAUGAAAGUCUUAAAAAUAUUAUAGUAGAAAACACCACAAAUCCUUGAGCUCUGUCCAGCUCACGAAUCACCUCUGCUUGUGCUCAGUGUCUGGUACGUGGUAGUUACUAACAGCAAUAAAAGUGCCCAGGCAAGCCCUGUGUACAAGGCACUGUUCUAGACACUUGAUAUGUAUUAACUCAUUUAAUCUUCACAACAACCUUGGGAGGUAGGUAUUAUUACAACUCCUCAUUUUCUAUAUGAGGGCAGUGAAACUCCAAGAUGUUAGGUAACCACCCAAGGCCACACAGAUAGUAAGUCACGGAGCCAGGAUCAGGUCCAGGCAAUCUGGCUCCAGAGCUGGUGCUUGUAAAGCUUUGUGUUCUAGUUCCUAAAAAACAAAGGUGCCCGCGUCCAUA